AUGCCCGCCCUGCCCUGCCCUUGCCCUGCCCUCGCCCUGGCGGCUACCCUAGGCUGCAUCCCUCGGGAAAACUUGCGGCUGCUUAUGAUGGCGUCCUGCGGAAAAGGUUCAGCAAUGCCGCAAAUAGUGAUGAAGCGGCAGGAGUUGGAGCCUCGGGUGGCCCGCAGACGCCAGUCACAGGCCCGCCACCGAGCCACCCUGGUGAUGCUCUUCAACGACCUAAGGAAGAUUGUCUACUCCAAGUCUGACCUCACAUCCUCAAAGUGGCAGGUUCUGAAUAAGGCGAAGGAUUAUAUUCAAGGACUGGAACAAAUGCUGGAUAAUUUGCUAAAGCUAAAAGAAUCCCUCAACCUGAAUGAUGGGAAUGCCAAGAGCUUAGAGGAAAUCAAGGAAGUAUAUGCCAGAAUGUACUCUGGAGACAAUGGCUGGAUCUUAGAUAAUUUUCCUCAGAAUGGCUCCUUCCUCUUAUGUCCAACUGACACCGUGGGGAAAGAGGAAGCUGAGGAAGAAGAUGAGGAAGAACAAGAAGAGGAGGAAGAAGAGGAAGAAGAGGAGAAAAAAAUAGACAUCACCUCUUCUCCAGUUGCUACAUCCCCAGAGCUCCUGGAAUUUGAGCGGUACCUCAACUUUUACAAGCAGACGAUGGACCUUCUGACAUGGCAUAGCAUCAUCUCCUCGCAGGAGGUGAUGCUCCCCGCUGUCUCGGCGGCCAUCUCCCGCCUGUGGCAGAUCCUCUCUGAGGAGUCGAAGGCCAGCCUCCUGCAGGCUUGGACACAGAAGCACAGCAGCCUCACUGGUGCCAGCCUGGAGUCCACCUAUGCAGAGGACAGCACCAAGGACAGCGGAGUGGACAGCCAGGGAGCCAGCUGCUCACUGGUAUCUACCCCUGAGGAGAUCCUUUUUGAGGAUGCUUUUGAUGUGGCAAGUUUCCUAGACAAAAAUGAAAUUCCAAGUACAUCUAGCUCCAGCUCCAUGUAUACUCACUUCAAUCCCGAGAAUACCCAGGAGAAGUUUCAGCUGUACAUGCAGAUCAUUGAGUUUUUCAAAGACCUCAGUAGCAGUGAUGUUCAGGUAAAAGAGGAGCCAGUUGAUGAGGAGAUGAUUAUGUUGAAGUGCAUGGAGACCUUUGAUGAUGAAGAUCUGUAAUGCAGAUGAGCCUGCAGGGAC